AUGGCUUCAGUCGCAGAAGUCCAGCCUGGCCUAUACAAUGCGACUGAUGAGAAAGGCGACAUUGAACGUAGAGGCAGCGUGGCAAGAACAGAGAAAGGAAGAUGGGAAAGGUUAUGGCCUGUGAUCGCAUGCGGCGCUGGACUUUUCAGCGAUGGCUAUCUCAACAAUGUACGCAGAAACCGACCCAAAAAGCGACAAGAUACCCUCCAACGCGACAACAUCGAUCCCCAUCCCAAAGCAACACCGCUAUAUAUGAGUAAAGACUGGAACUGUAUCGGUGGAGAGUACCCAGCGGGCAGUGUCGGUUGUGCAGAAUCUACUGGCGAGCUCAAGCAAGGCACACGGAACAAAUGGUUCAUUCUCUUCACCAAUGUGCAGAUUGACCUGGCCUUUUUCAUCAGCGCCAUCGUCGCUACUGUCGUCGUCCUUGCUACAGGGGAGAAUCAUCUACGCGCCGCCUGGCGUAUCUGUCUUGGUAUCGGUGUCAUCCCGCCUCUCUCGCUACUCUACCUCCGGUUGAAGCUACAAGAGCCAGAGGCAUUCAAGCGGGAGUCUUUGGCCAAAGCAAAGACACCAUGGUUGCUUAUCAUCAAGUACUACUGGUUCCGGCUCAGCAUUGUCAGUAUCAUCUGGUUCAUCUAUGACUUCAGCGCCUACUCGUUCGGUAUCUACGCAACGUCUAUCUUGGCCAAUCUAUUGGGCGAAUCGGCGCCGUUGUGGAAGAGUCUGGCGUGGAACAUUCUGAUCAAUUUCUUUUACAUGCCCGGCUGCCUUGCCGGUGCUUUCGUUGCAGAUUUACCGUCCAUGGGCCCUAAGAAGACGCUAUUUAUCGGCGUAACGCUGCAGGGUAUCAUCGGAUUCAUCAUGGCUGGAUGCUAUCCUUGGCUGAACAAACCCGAGAACGUUGCCGGAUUCGUCGUGGUAUAUGGGAUUUUCCUUGCGCUAGGCGAAUUUGGCCCUGGCGAUAACAUUGGUUUGGUUGCGUCGAAGACCUGUGCAACUGGAAUUCGUGGUCAAUACUACGGUAUCGCAGCAGCUGUAGGCAAGAUCGGUGCGUUCGCUGGUUCCUAUGCUCUCGAUGCGUUACAGAAGGCUGCGGGCGAUGAUGAAAUAGCUGCAGGCCGCAAUCCUUUCUUCGUCGCAUCUACUCUAGCCUUCGUAGCGGCUGGUCUGGUGUUGCUGCUUCCGCAUAUCGGCCAGGAUACAAUCGACCAGGAGGAUGUAAAGUUCAGAGAGUAUCUCAACGCAAACGGAUAUGAUACAAGCAAGAUGGGCCUUCAGAGCGGAGAUAAGACGGGUGUCGAGGGUGACGAGAAUGGCGUUGUGCCCGUUGAGCAGGCAUACGUGAAAUAG